CCAGCUCGGGUCCGGGAGCUCCGCCGCCACCGCGAUUGUGGACUCGCGCCGGAGAGGACUUGAGGCUGGACAGGACCCCGCCGAGCCGGGAGAGGAGGGAGGAGAGGGAGCUGGGCACCGCGCGGUGGCGAGAGCCAUCUAGGUCGCUCAUUGCUCGCGGGUGAGAAAACUUUCUCGGGAAGACCGGAAACUUUUCCCCGGGCGUGCAGAGUCUGCGGCGGAGGCGAGCUUCGGGGGUGCGUUGACUCGAGGUAUUGGCCAACGCCGUGGUUUUGAGAACGCCCGACGGCCGGAAGACAGCCCUGGGAGAAGCCCUUUGGGUGGGCAGUCAGAACCUUCUGGUCCAGAGGAGAAGCCGCCCCCUCACCUGGACUUAUGACCCGUGGCUUCGCCCCCAGCCUACCCGUCGAGUUCCCCAAGAUGGGCUCCUUCCGCAGGCCCAGACCGCGCUUCAUGAGCUCCCCGGCACUCAGCGACCUGCCCCGCUUCCAGGCAGCCCGCCAGGCUCGGCAGCUGAGUUCCAACUCUGCUUGGAACAGCGUCCAGACUGCUGUGAUCAACGUCUUUAAAGGGGGCGGCUUGCAGAGCAAUGAGCUCUAUGCGCUGAAUGAAAACAUCAGGCGGCUGCUGAAGAGUGAACUUGGAUCAUUCAUUACAGACUAUUUCCAGAACCAGCUUCUAGCAAAAGGACUGCUGUUCGUGGAGGAGAAGAUCAAGCUGUGUGAAGGUGAAAAUCGCAUUGAGGUUCUGGCUGAAGUCUGGGACCACUUCUUCACUGAGACUCUCCCCACCCUGCAGGCCAUAUUCUAUCCAGUUCAGGGCCAGGAGCUGACCAUCCGCCAGAUUUCGCUGCUGGGCUUCCGCGACCUGGUGCUACUGAAGGUGAAGCUGGAGGACUUGCUGCUGCUGGCGCAGCCCCAGCCGCCCUCGUCCAUCGUCCAGAUGUUGCUCAUCCUGCAGAGUGUUCACGAGCCCACAGGCCCAAGUGAGGGUUAUUUGCAGCUGGAGGAGCUGGUGAAGCAGGUGGUUUCUCCCUUCCUUGGCAUCAGCGAGGACCGUGGCCUCUCAGGCCCCACGUACGCAUUGGCCAGGCGCCACUCCAGGGUCCGGCCCAAGGUCACGCUCCUGAACUAUGCCUCCCCAAUAACCCCCAUCAGCCGGCCCCUGAACGAGAUGGCCCUGACCCCGCUGACGGAGCAAGAGGGGGAGGCCUACCUAGAGAAGUGUGGCAGCGUCCGGCGACACACGGUGGCCAAUGCCCACUCGGACAUCCAGCUGCUGGCCAUGGCCACCAUGAUGCACUCGGGCUUAGGGGAAGAGUCUGGCGGCGAGGACAAGUGCCUGCUGCUGCAGCCCAGCUUCCCGCCGCCCCCCCGGCAGUGCUCCAGCGAGCCCAACAUCACCGACGGCCCCGACGAGCCAGAGCAGGGGGCCACAGGCAGCCAGGAGGACUCAGAGCUGAACUGUGCUUCCCUCAGCUGAACCCCCGUCUCCCAGCACUCCCAGCUCCUGCCUGGCAACCAGGAUGAGGGCAGCUGCAUCCCCGAGGAUCGCCGAGGGGAGCGCUUCCCCUGGGCAAUGCCACCUUCUGCCUUUUCGGAUGGAUACAGGUUAAUCUGAGUGCCCUAGGGGAAAUUCCCAUUGUAAGUUUUUUCAUUUUCAGGAUGGUGAUCCCCUCCUUGCGGCCACACACAUCUAACUGCCCAAUGUCUGCCCUCUGUCUGCUUCAGCCUUCCCUGCUUGACUCAACCCAGAUCUUCCUCUCUGGGCCUUUACUCUCAGAUAGUGGACUGUCCGGUCCUCCUGACUGUAUAUCCCAGCCCCCCCGGCGUUCCUAUAGCUGGAGGUCAUCUGAACCACACACAAAGCCAGCAAGGAUGUGUUGGCAUGUGGAGUUCCCCUUGAGUCCUCAUGAUACAAAAGGUUGAUGGGUGAAAAGGGGCAGUAGAGAGGUACCUCUUGUCUCUGUCUCGUGUGGAGUAAAAGUAGACUGCAGCCCCUCCCAAGCCUGACCAGGAAUGCAUCUUUCCUUUCAGUUUCAGAAUUACUGGCAAAAGAGGGUUCUUCCUCACCUAUAUCCAGACCCUUUAUACUGUCUUUGGCUUUUGGCCCAGGAGGGCCACAUGGUUGGAGGAGCCCCAUCUUUAAUUAAGCCUCAGCAUUCCCUUCCCAAGGCUUUCUCCCCAGCUCAAGGAAUUAACCUUCCCGGUGGAAUAGCUGGUGCCUUUCUCCCUCUUUUAUUUCAGAAACUGACCCCUUUGCUGUCAUCAGGGAGGGGCCAGCCGAUACCAACUGACUAAUCUGUUCCUGGAUUUGACUUGAAUUUUUUUUUUUUAAUGUACAUCGUUUCAAAAAUAAAAUUGCUUGCAAAUAUUUGCACGUAGAUCUUGCACCACUCAUUUCCCAUGGGGGUGGGUCUUCACACAGAAAAAUAGCAAACCCCCUAAGAAAGGAGAUUAGGAGUGGUUCAGGGUGAAAGCGAUCCAUGGUAGGUGGGGCCCUGAGGCUACAGAGUUCUGGAAGCAGCUGAAUUUGAGUGCAGUUAAGGCCUGUGUUUGUGAGUGUCAUGGUUUAUAGGAAAAAGUUGUAUUGCGGUGAGGAGACUCAGCAUGCCUCGGGAGCCGAGGGGUUGAGCAAAAGAGAUGUCUCAGUGCUUUAUAUUCGGGGGAGCCAGGGGUGAUGUGGGCAAGACCUUUUGGAGGAGAGGUUCAUUCCCUGUGAUUAAAGCAGUGCCUACAAGUGCCUGGAAUGUCUAACCUUCAGGGUCUGGAAAUGUUCUUUGGGGCAGCAGGCUUUGGUACUAUUUAUGUAUAAAAAGUGAAAGCGUUAGUCACUCAGUCAUGCCCAACUCUUGGCAACCCCAUGGACUGUAGCCCACCAGGCUCCUCUGACAAUGGAAUUCUCCAGGCAAAAGUAUUGGAGUGGGUAGCCAUUCCCUUCUCCAGGGGAUCUACCCAACCCAGGUGUUGAACCUAGGUCUCUGGCGUUGCAAGCAGAUUCUUUACCAUCUGAGUCAUAUAAUAUCUUCUCAACACUGCUUCUUCCAUCCAGGUCUGGGCUUUUUAUCUCCUUUUACCUCACUGUUCUUUUUGUAUUUGUCUGCUGGCCCCCUGAUAACAACUCCAGAAAAAAAAAAGAAGGCCCUGAACACUUCUGGCACCUUCUAGGUAUCCUGUUAGUCUUUGGAAACUGUUUAUGAAAUGUCAGAGCUGUGAGCCAGCUUGGCUUCCAAUACAGCAGGAGAGAGGAUGAGGACAGUCUAAGCUGCCAGCAGAGGAAGAGACGUUCUAAACUCAUCUCAUCCUUGACGGUAUUUCCCUUCUGGGUGAAGAUUUGAAAUAUGACCAGAGUCGUGCUUUUGAUGGCUUCUGAUUUGGAAAUUUUGUUUAAAAAGUUGUUUCGUUUACAUCCUUUUAAGAGAGUGAUGGAAGAAAACAUACACAAAGGAGACCUUCUGAGAAUUUCAAACAAAAAAUAAUCUGUGGAUGUGUUGGGUAAAGUCCACACAUUCACUAACAUGCAUUAGCAAAUGGAAUAUCAGUAGGUAACAUGUGAUGAUUUCUUUAACCGAUGACUUCUGUCCUUAUUGGCAUACUUUAGCACUCGGGAAUAGUCUUUACUGAUCCCAGCAAAGUAAUUAAUUAUGGUUGGGUUUGCUUUUUUAGUUUACAACAUGAAUGAUAUAUAUGCUUUUAAAUGCUUUUUCCAUAUACUAAAUGCCCCUGAUGAGGACAGCAGUCAUCAGUUAAAUGUGUAAGCCCUUAGUGUACUUAAUUGCUAAUGAAUGUUAGCUAGUUCACAACUGUACCUUUGAUGUCCACACCUGAUAUUUGUGCAGUAAAUACUUCACGCUGUACAUAGAAAAACUGCUGAUGUUUAUGAGCAUUCAGGCCAUCAGAGCUAUUGCAAGAGCAACAGUGGUAGUGUUUUUAACCACUGUUCCCCCCUUCAUGAGAGGAAGAUUCGUUUUCAUUAUUUAAGCUAGGAUCUUUCUGUGCCUGAGGUUUAAUGACAGGAAACAAUCAUGACUCUUAAACUCGUAGUGAGCUCAGAAACCAAAAAGCUUUCAUGCUGUCUGUUUCCAAAACGGAUUCAAUAAACAUCAUUUUGUACGUUA